UUUGUCGUCAUUUAUGAAACCUUCUCCGAACUCGAAAUUUCGAUAUUCGGUGUCGACAUGAAUCACGGAGCCAUUGCCCAAGGGCUGAUCACAUACGCCAAUCUCCCCUUGUACAACAAAGCUCGCGUGAAAUUCCCCCCUCCUGACGACUAUACGCCGCCAAAAGAGUCCGUUGCUGUGCAAGUUCUUGAGAAUGUUCUUAACAAGGUGGUGUUCGUUGGAGACAAGUACAGUACUGUUUUUGUGAACUCACAAAUUCCCCCACACGACAAUUCGGACUUGGCUUGCGAUCUUGUUAUACACUAUUUGACCGAACACCGAGAAAUUCAAAUUCUGUGCUUCAUUGAGGCCAAGCGCACGAUCAAUAGGACUUCUUAUAUCACUACAGCUGUUGAGACCGAAGCCCUUGAUUAUUGCAAAGAGUUCUUCCACAGCAACAGAUCUAAUGAUGCCAAGUUUGUCUAUGCUGGAACCCUCGUUGGAGUGCAUUUGAGACUAUGGAAAGCCCGCCGUGGGAAAACAGAAGCAGAGACAAAGCUGGAAGCACUGUGGGGUAGUGACGACUUUGGAAGCAACAAUGACUACAAGGAUUUGGGCAAGGAUGAUGAUGGGGCAGUCAUCAAGAAAACCUUUCAUGACAUGAUCGGUAUACCACCGGUGCCAUGGAUCAAUAAGGAACCUGAUGCAAUCAAGACGACAUCGGAGUCAGGAGCGUAUCAACUCCCUGUCCUCAAUCAGACAAGAGCCAUGCUGCGGACCACUCCAAAUCUACCACCACCUGGUCAAGUCCCUGAAGGGUUCGAAAAAGUGGUCAAAUUUCUAUCAACAAGUCAAUAUUCUUACUCAUGGAAGGAGGCUACCGGGAAGGUAGGGCUGGGCUCCCCGGGUGAAUGGAUAGUUGCGAAACAAUUAUACGUUAAUGGUGCCAAAAAGAUUUACGCUGAUAAGGACACGGAGAAUCUUCCAGUUCUACUGUGAAAGGAAAUUGCUCACUCUUACGCAUUCAACAUGCUCCUGACUAGCCAUGUUUCUGUUUAUUGUCUGUUUUAUGCAUGAUACCGAUCUAUCGCUACUCAACAUAGCGAAGUCUCUCUACCAUAAAUAUCAAGAUUUGUCGCAAUUCAUCUGUUGAUAGUGCUGUGUUUUCUUUCUUUCUGUGCAGCCCCUUGAAUGACUGUAAUUACCGACUGUUCUCUCAUAUCAGUAACAUUUGAUUAUUCCUUUGACCGUUCGGUCGGAA